AUCAUUUCCGGUAAGUCCCACAAACUCCGUUGCAGCGAAGCGCAGUGACUCUGAACUUGCGCUCGCGCUCAGACACAGCAUCACGCAGACACACGUAUUUGCGAAGAGCGAGGGACGGGGAGGGGGUUUGCAGAGAUUGAAGGAAGAGGGUGCUGGGGUCAUGGAGACCUAGGGCAUCGGAGCUUGGCGUGUCGGAGCGGCUUGGCUGGGUGCAUCACUUGGAGAGCCGCUCGCUCGAAUGCAAUACCUCUUCAGAUUUUCUUCCUUUACAAAUUUAGAGGCUUGAUUGGCGUGGUUGUCGAGGUGGGAAGAUGGUGCAGGAGGAGGAGAUUAGGGCACCAGCCAACGUGGGUCAGACGGGGCCGACUAGUGCGGCGGGCGCGACGUUGAAUCGUUCUUUGUCGGGGCAGAGACUGCCGCAGUACCCGCAAACGCCUGGGAUGCCAAUGGGUGCACGUCCACCUUCUGCAGGGGUGACAACUCCUCAUUACAAUCCUCAGUUUCUGCCCACUAAUGCAGCUGCGGCAUCACCAGGGACUAACACGUCCCCAAUGAUGAUGCAGCAGAGGCCAGGCCAGAUGCAACAACAGCGACCCACCACAGCAACACAAGCAAGUCAAAUCCGGGCAGGGGGUUACUUGCAGCAAACGCAGCAGUUUCCACACCCUCAAUAUGUGCAUCAUAUGACUUCUCUUCCCAUGAAUGCUGCCAGACCUGGGGUACAAGGAGCUAUUUCGCCAGCUGCAGGCACGCAGCAAUAUGGAAAUAUGCAAAACAUGGCUUCGGUGCAACAACAUAACACACAGGUUAGACAGCAGCAGCAGAAGCAGGGGCAAACACCUGGAACCCAAUAUAUAGGCGCUGCUACAGCUGGUCAGCAACAAACGCCUGGUUCUGCUGGGCUUGCCUCGCUCCAGCAGCAGCAGCAGCAGCGGCAACAACAGCAAACAAAUCAGCAACUAAGUGCUCAACGGCUAGGGUCACAACAGCAGCAGGCAAUGGCUCGACAGGCUCAAGGCGCGCCGAUGAUGCAGAAUCAAGGAAACACCAUGCUGGGAAGGGGGGCUACAACAGGCGCUCAAGUGCAAGGUCUUGCAGCUGGAGGCCAGCAGCAACAGUUAUGGCAGGGGAAACCUGCUCAGUAUCAACAACAGCAGCAGCAACAACAACAACAACAACAACAACAACAGGCACAGCAACAGGCACAACGGUCACAGCUGGCCGGCUCAUCCUUGGUCGCUAACCAAGCGAGGCCUUCCACACCUGGGGCAGCUCAGGCAAACAACGCACUUCCUUCUCCUGCUGCUGCAACGAACCCUCAUACCGAGCCACUUAAUACGUCGGGAAGUAUUCUCAGAAAGCGCAGUAUCCAAGAUUUAGUUGCACAGAUUGACCCUAAAGAACGGCUUGAUCCUGAUGUGGAAGACGUGCUUCUUGAGAUUGCAGAUGAUUUUAUUGAGAGUGUGGCUUCAUUCGCUUGUAAACUAGCAAAGCACCGCAAAUCAGCUGUACUUGAAGCAAAAGAUGUGUUGCUCCACCUCGACAAGCAAUGGAACAUAACCGUUCCGGGUUUUGGUGGAGAGGAGAUUCGUUCUUACAAACGUCCCCAGAUCAGUGAGUCACACAAACAGCGUCUUGCUGUGGUGAGGAAAUCUGCAGCAGCUGGACAGGCUGCAGCAGAGACGAAAGUUGCUACUUUACCUGCUGCAGCGCCCGCUACGAACCUCUCCACGCCUGUCAAAGCUGGGGUUUCAGGUCCAGCAACCUCUCCUACGCCGUCUCCAGGCAUGCCAAGAAUACCACGGGUGUAGCAGUUCACACUUUUUCUUUGCUGGAGAUGUCACGCUUGUUUUUAUUGGCUGGUCUUCCAACGAGUUGGAUUCAUUUCGAAUGUUCCGGGUGCACCGAAGUUCCCCCCCUCAGCCAGCCUCUUUUAAUACGCUCACUGAAGAUACUUCCACGCCACCUUUGGACCUGAGUCUGUUGAGAGCCACCUCAACCUUCUCAAACCAUCAGCUGCACAGCAUGCAUCAACUUCUGUGGCUCUUCGCAUCAUCUGGGAUGGACCCUAAGUUCCAGCCAUACAUUUUUUUUCCCCUUGUAUUUAUAUUCACCAAUGUCCACUUGCUUGCACCAGGGCAGUUUUACAGACCCAGAAUUACCCACUGCCUGUGAGGGGAAGUACCUCGCAGGACACCGGGUUAUCUACCUAUCGUUUUGAUAUUGUUGGCAGCGGCGACCAGGAGUAAUAGUUGAACUAACCUUACUAUGGUUUCGAACAAGUCAGAGGUACACGUUGCCCCUAAGGUAACCGUGAUUCUUUCUUAGCCUUCAGUGCACAUACUUCGCAACAUGUCGAUAUGCCACCCACCCCUUUGAUGCCAAAAUGUGUCUAUCAUUUGGUCAAAAUGAGUCACUAUGUGUAGGAAGUGUGUACGUUUUGGGAAUAAUUUGCUUUGACAAUGAUGGUGUUGUGCAUGCUGUGCUCAUUGUUAAAAUGUUUAGAAACGUCUCCUGAUUAAAUUCGAGUGUUAUUGGUGCAAUAAAUCUAAUUCAUUUUA